AUACACCGUCCCUCACCAUCUCCGGGUACCAUCCCUCACCGUCUCCGGGUACCAUCCCUCACCGUCUCCGGGUACCAUCCCUCACCGUCUCCGGGAACCAUGGCGCACUAUCCCUUACCGUCUCCGGGAACCAUGGCGCACUAUCCCUCACCGCCUCCGGGAACCAUGGCGCACUAUCCCUCACCGUCUCCGGGGACCAUGGCACACUAUCCCUCACCGUCUCUGGGGACCACGGAGCACCAUCUUUCACAGUCUCCGGGUACCAUGGCGCACCAUCCCUCACUGCCUCCCAGGACCAUGGUGCACCAUCCCUCACUGCCUCCCAGGACCAUGGCGCACCAUCCCUCACUGCCUCCCAGGACCAUGGCGCACCAUCCCUCACUGCCUCCCAGGACCAUGGCGCACCAUCCCUCACUGCCUCCCAGGACCAUGGCGCACCAUCCCUCACUGUCUCCCCGGACAAUGGCGCACCAUCCCUCACUGUCUCCCAGGACCAUGGCGCACCAUCCCUCACUGUCUCCCAGGACCAUGGCGCACCAUCCCUCACUGUCUCCCGGGACCAUGGCGCACCAUCCCUCACUGUCUCCAGGGACCAUGGCGCACCAUCCCUCACUGUCUCCAGGGACCAUGGCGCACCAUCCCUCACUGUCUCCAGGGACCAUGGCGCACGAUCUAUUAUCCCCUCCAGGUACCAUCGCUCACUGUCUCUGGGGACCACGGCUCACCAUGCUUCACUGUCUCAAGGGACUGCCUCGCACCAUCCCUCAAGGUCUCCAAGGACCACGGUGCACCAUGCUUCACUGUCUCCAGGGACCACGGCACACCAUCCCUCAAGGUCCACAGGGACCACGGCACACCAUCCCUCACUGUCACGAAGGACCACGGAACAACAUCCCUCACUCUGAAUGCAGCACUGCAUUGCAUGAGAAGGACAUAAUUUUUUUACAAUUUAAAAAGAACUUAAAGACUUAUUAAUUUUUUUUAAGGCUACAUAUCUGGAAGUGAUCAGCGUAAUGUGUAUAGUUCAAUUAUAAUCUCAGCAUUCACUUAUCUGAGGAUGUUUCUAUGGCUUGAUGUACAAGGUAGCCACUAGAGGGCGACUAUCCAAGUCGUUAAAAUACCAUCAUGAAAACAUGUAACAGAAAUAUUGUCACAUCAAAAAUUCCAGAUAAAUGUUACAAUAACAAUACAAUGUUUUAAAACCCAAAUGUAUACAAACACAAUUACAAAAAUAAUAUUCUUUCACUUUAAA